UGUGGAACCCGGAAGUGGAUGGUUUCACAGCACAGCCCAGGAAAACACGAGCGCUGCAGGUGGAGGAGAACACCUGAGAAGUAGUGGCUCAGUUAAAGUAGUGGCCCAGGUUCUUACGGUCCUGGAUGGGGGCCGGCCGGCCCCUGGUGGAGGUGGUCCGGCUGGGCCUGGUCUCCUACCAGGAGGGCCUUCGUCUGCAGCAGGUCUACGUGGACCGGCACCGGUCCGGUCGGGCUAAGGGUCCGGCCAACGCUCCGGACAAGGCUCCGGCCAACGCCCCGGCCAACGCCCUGCUGCUCUGCCAGCACCCGCCCGUCUACACCACCGGGAUCCGGAACCAGCCGUACCCGGGUCCCGUCCUGGACCGGCUCCGGCUGCUGGGGGCCGACGUCCACCGGAGCAACCGCGGGGGACUCAUCACCUUCCAUGGACCGGGCCAGCUGGUCUGCUACCCGGUCCUGGACCUGGGCUGUUUCAGGAAGAGCGUCCGCUGGUACGUCAGUCAGCUGGAACAGACCGUCAUCUCUCUCUGCAGCAGGUUUGGAGUCGAGGCGUCGACGUCUCCUCACACCGGCGUCUGGGUCGGAGACAACAAGAUCUGUGCCAUCGGGAUCCACUGCGGCCGCUACGUCACGUCUCACGGGUUUGCUCUGAACUGCAACACGGACCUGUCCUGGUUCCACCACAUCGUGCCGUGCGGCAUCGAAGGGAAAGGCGUGACGUCUCUGAGCGGCGAGUUAAAAAGAGACGUCAGCGUGGACGAGGCCGUCCCCCUCCUGCUGGACGUCUUCUCGGACACGUUCGGCUGCCGGCUGACUGAAGGGACGGGUCCAGGACCGGCCGCGGACGGCAGGGUGUCAUCAUCAGCGUAGGAAAUGACCAGGACCCACUUGAGCUAAACAUGACAGACUUAAUGUGCAGGAUAUUUAUGAUUUCAAGACCUGCUCAGUCGAUGUGAAUCGAAAACUGAAAUAAAGAGAAGACAAAACUGUCUUGACAUGUAUGUUCCCUACGAACAGUGAGCGUCUGCCGGACUGGACCACGGUCUGCCGGAGGGGGCGGGUCCACGUGGACCUGAGUGAUGGAAAUAGAACCUGAUUGUCAUUUUAAAAUGUUUACCACAUGAAUAUUAAACUGAAAACGUCUUUACACGAGAAACCUGGUCCUGCUUCCUGGCGUCGUAUUGAGUCAGCUUUAGUUUUAAUUUUGAAUUGAGAGUCUGCUUAAGUGCCAAUUUGAGACUCAGCCUUAAUUUAUUUCCUAAUUGGUUUGCUGAUGUGCUUGAGCUUUUUCUUUUGAAUUUCAUUUAUGAAACACACUUCACCAAUAAAAAUGUGGAUUUCAAA